GCCCGCAGCUGCAGCGCUGGGACGGACAACAAGUCUCAGCUCCGUGCGGACUGGAAAAGUCACUCGGUGGAAGAAGCGGACUAUACAAACUGUACUGAGUUUUUAAAAAUUACCAUAUGGGACUUUUUGUGAUUUGUGGAAGAGUCCGGUUUUAUUACAGUCUUGAAUCCGUUAUUUUAUCUCUGAGACGAGCGCGCGCUGGUCAGUUGGUCAGAGGUCGGUGAAAAGUCGACCACUGUCACUUUUGAUUCAUGGACUCAACACGGACUUCAGCUAAAAGCAUUUCUGUCAAGAGGCUGACACAAGUUUGAUUUCAUUCAUUGAAUAUUCAGAUUUAGGGAACAUGAAGUUGUCUUUGGACAGUAUGGGCGUCCUGAAGAUUGUGCUUUUCAUCUUUGAGGCUGUUUUGCUGACCGACUGUGCGAGAGGACCUCCACGGGUGUCUGAGAAGGUUGCUCACAGACAGACGGCCCGGCUCGGGAGUGCCAUUAAGCUGCCAUGUCCAGUGGAAGGAGACCCUCCGCCCCUCAUAAUGUGGACCAAAGAUGGGCGCAACAUCCACAGUGGCUGGGUCCGGUUUCGUAUCCUCCGCAUGGGCCUGAAGAUCAAGGAGGUGGAAGGAGAUGACACGGGGACCUACAUCUGCAAAGCCACCAACGGCUUUGGUAGCGUUAACAUAAACUAUACCCUCAUCGUCAUCGAUGACUCAGGUUCUGAUAAAACUGGACCCGGGGCGGCUGAUGGAGUAGAGCCUGACCUGGGCUUGUCAGAAAAACUUGUGCGUCCCCGCUUCACCCAGCCCGCUAAGAUGAGAAAAAGGGUGAUAGCCCGUCCUGUUGGCAGCUCAGUGCGGCUCAAAUGCAUGGCCAGUGGAAAUCCUCGACCGGACAUCGUGUGGCUGAAGGACGACAGGCCGCUGACGGAGCAGGAGGUUGGCGAGGGCCGUCAGAAGAGGUGGACUCUGAGUCUGAGGAACCUGACGCCAGAGCACAGCGGCAGAUAUACCUGCAGCGUCUCUAAUCGGGCAGGAGAAAUCAACGCCACGUAUAAAGUUGAGGUCAUACAGAGGACAAACUCCAAGCCUAUUUUGACGGGCACACACCCGGUCAACACAACGGUGGACUACGGAGGCACCACGUCGUUCCAGUGCAAAGUGAGGAGUGACGUUAAGCCCGUCAUUCAGUGGCUCAAACGUGUGGAGUCUAACGAGGAAAGUCGCUACAACUCCACCAUCGAGGUGGGAGACCACCGAUUCGUGGUGCUCCCCACGGGGGAGGUGUGGUCACGACCCGACGGCUCCUACCUCAACAAGCUGCUCAUUACCCGUGCCAAGGAGGAUGACGCUGGCAUGUACAUCUGCUUAGGCGCCAACACCAUGGGCUACAGCUUCCGCAGCGCCUUCCUCACUGUGCUGCCAGACACGAAGCCUCCCAUCACGCCCAUGUUCUCGCCAGCCUCCAGCUCUCUCCCCUGGCCUGUCAUCAUUGGCAUCCCUGCUGGAAUAGUGUUCAUCUUUGGCACAGUGCUGCUGUGGUUCUGCCAGAGCAGAAAGCACUGUCCCCCUCCCAGUGCUCCAGCUGCUGCUGCACAGGUACUGCAGAGCUCCCACCGGCUGCCAUAUCGAGAGCGGGACAGGGGCUGCAUGGCUCCGUCCUCCAGCCCAGACAAAGACUGCAUGAGCUCCAUGAACUACGAGGAGUACCUGGCACAGCAGCAGCUCCUCCUCACCCAUGGAGGACCAACAAUCCCCCCUAAAAUCUACCCCAAAAUCUACACUGACAUUCACACACACACACACUCCCAUGUGGACGGGAAAGUACAUCAGCAUCAACACAUUCAUUUUCAGUGUUAACCUCAGUGCCAAAUAUCCCCGUCUGACUGCUCCAGCAUCUCCACAGGACAAUGAGCUGUGGACUGAACUGCAGCUCCUGAGCGACGGUCACCUGGCAUUACUCUUCAAAAAACUGUCAGACUCUUCUCAUAGCUGGAGAUUGUUGGGAGAGUGUGCAUGUGGGAAAAAAAGUGGCCAGUGACACACACCUUGUGUUUUUACAUCCAAACUUCCAUAUUUGGUGCUUAUUUUUUUACCUGUCAGAUUCUCACACCACUAAAAUCCAUGAAUACUUGUUGUGCACUUAAUACAAAAAAGGACAAGGACAUAUUUGCGGCGUGUGAGUUUAAUCGCAGCUAUUAAGGCCAGCUGAAAGGUCUUCCUCAGCAGUUGAAUUUUGCAUUUUCCUACUUGAGGUGUAGCUGAAAAUUGAGGUUAGGUUUUACCUUUCACUUAUUCAGCUGUUGGAGCGCAGAGGCUCUGUGUGUUCUGCCUGGUAAUGAAGAUGAAAAUGGUACUCAAGAUUUACAAAAGGGGCUGGUUUUAUGCUCCUACUCAGGUAGUCCUUUUGUUUGUUAAAGAUGCAUGUUUGGAAUGCUGACCACUAUCCUUUAUGUUACCAUUUCUCCAUCCCUCACUUUUGUCCUCUGUUAAAAAUGAUAUAGAGUAGACUGGUAAGUUUUUUUUAUAGCUUUUAUGGCAUGCAAACCUUGCCUAAGACUGCAAGGGAUGGAAGAAUUUUUUCUAUGUUAACUGAAUUGGUCUUCAUUAUUAUUUUAGCUUUGGCAGGUAGGUUCCCAUCAUCAGUCAGUAGCAUGUUGAGGUAAACCAGCAGAGGUCUCUUUCAGUCCGCCACCUUAUCCAACCACAGUUUAUGAAGCUGUAGUGAUUUAUAAUCAAAUUGAGUCAUGAAUAUUUAAUUUAUUUUGCUAAAAAAAUGUAACAAAAGUUUAUUUUUCAGAGUAAGGCAUUUUACAUAUCUAUGUAAUGUUAUUAAAGUACACUGUUGUUAUGUAUAGUACAUUUUGAGUACUGUGCCACCCAGUUUAAUCACAUUUAAUUAUGCCAAUAUUUAGGUAUAUUUGUAUGUAAUUGGUUAUAUUUGAAAAUCUUGUAUGAUGUACUCAAAAACUAAGUCAUCUUAAGUCUGAUGGUUUGGUAGUUUGAUUAAAUGACCUGAAACGAA